AAAUGCUUGAAAUCGGGGUGCUCCCCUCGCCUUUCACCAGGCUCACCAACCCCACUUAUUCAUAGCAUCGUGCAGUGGUCUGAGCGGUCAAGCCCGGUAUCUUAACUUCACCUCGCUCGCUCUCCCGUUCUUUUCUAGUUCUGUUCAACCAUCCCGUCACCCCACCCGCGAGGUCAACUCCGCACAUUGCAACAACACCAACGCUCUAUCCACAAGCGCGUCGCACAAUGUCAACCACCACGAGCGACGAGAAGAACGCUAUGCCAGCGCACGAUGCUCAUACGCCAGAGCACUCGCUAAAUGACGGUGGCUCGCUGCAGCUUCCCAACUCAUGGAGGUACAAGCGAUUCAGCAUCUUCGGCUACAAGCUGCCCUGGAUGGCUUCUCCUCCCGUCCAGCUUGUGAUUGUCUCGCUCGUGUGCUUCAUGUGCCCGGGCAUGUUCAACGCGCUCAAUGGCAUGGGAGGAGGCGGCCAGCUUGACCCUACUGCUAAUAAUCAGGCCAACACGGCGCUGUACUCUACCUUCGCUGUUAUUGGCUUCUUCGCCGGCACAUUCACCAACAAGCUUGGUAUCCGCACGGCUCUCUCAUUCGGUGGCAUUGGCUACUCAAUCUAUGUGGCUUCGUACCUGAGCUACAACCACACCAGGAACCUGGGCUUCACUACAUUCGCUGGUGCCCUUCUUGGUGUGUGCGCCGGUCUGCUUUGGUGCGCCCAGGGUGCCAUCAUGAUGUCCUACCCUCCCGAGGAGUCCAAGGGCCGCUACAUUUCCUGGUUCUGGAUGAUUUUCAACCUGGGUGCUGUGAUUGGUAGUUUGAUCCCUCUCGGUCAAAACAUUCACAAUACAACAGCCUCUUCAGUGAACGAUGGCACCUACGUCGGAUUCCUCAUCCUCACCAUCAUCGGUGCUGCGCUCGCCUGGGUGCUCGUCGAUGCAAGGGACGUCAUCCGCGCCGAUGGCUCCAAGGUCAUCGUCAUGAAGCACCCUUCAUGGAAGUCGGAGAUUGUUGGUCUCUGGGAGACUUUCCUGUCUGACGCCUACAUCAUCGCUCUCUUCCCCAUGUUCCUAGCAUCAAACUGGUUCUACGCCUACCACUUUACUGAGGUUAACGGCGCCUACUUCAACACCCGCACUCGCGCGCUGAACGGCGUAGUGUACUAUAUCAUGCAGAUCGUUGGCGCAUACGUCUUCGGUUUUGCCCUCGACUUCAAGGGUGUUCGCCGCACGACCCGUGCCAAGUGUGCUUGGUUGGCUCUCUUCACCACCAUCAUGAUCGUCUGGGGUUUCGGCUACAUGUUCCAGAAGACCUACGAUCGUGCCUGGGCAUCGGAUAAGACCAACCAAAAGAAGGACUGGUCUGACUCUGGAUACGCUGGCCCCUUUGUCCUCUACAUGUUCUACGGUUUCUCCGACGCUGCGUGGCAGACCUGUGUCUACUGGUUCAUGGGUGCUCUCACCAACAACGGACGUAAGCUUGCCAACUUCGCUGGUUUCUACAAGGGCAUUCAGUCUGCUGGUGGUGCUAUCACAUGGGCUCUUGACAACAACGGCAUCGAGUACAUGCACAUGUUUGCUACCAAUUGGGGUCUUCUUGCUGGUAGCUUGCUCAUAGCCCUCCCUGUCAUCCUCUGGAAGGUCAAAGACACCGUCCCGAUUGAGGAGGAUAUCGCGUUCACCGACGAGACUAUCGCUGAGGUCGCUCCCAAAGCCCGCAUUUCCACUACGAACGACGAUGUUGAGAAGGUCUGAGCCUUCUUCGGUUUUACGAUUCACGAGAGCAUCUUAUUGUAAUUCUCACGGGCAUCUGUGUAGGUUUACGAUUUUCGAGCGGGGUCAUGACAUUGAUACCACAGUUGGCACGAAUUGUUUCCUGUAAAUCACUUCGAAGACUCAUGUUGCCUGGAUUUCAGACACUCAGACUACCGAGCUGUUUUGACAGGCCUCUGCACGAUAUCCCCGGUCUUUCAUUUUCACAUACAUCAAGCGGCAGCAAUACUAGCGAGUCCAGUAAAUCGAGCGUAUAAGCAAAUCACGUCCUGUGCAUCCAUUGAUCGAGUGUGAAUCUUCUUGAGCU